UUUGUUUCGUCCGUAAUCGUAUCGCCAUCGAUUUCCUGCUGCCGCCGCUACUACUAGACGCCUCUACCCCGUCCCUCUUCGCUUCGUUUCCACUUCUCCCCUCCCCUCCCCUCCCCAAACCCGUCACAAUUCGUUCGGUCCCCCUCGUGUCGCCUGCUCGCACUGGCCACGACCAAACCCUAGGUGCAGCCGCCCCCGGGGCCCCCAGGGAAGCUCGCAGCAGCAGCAGGAGGAGGAGAUCGGAAAGGAGAGAGAGAGGAAUUUAUGUCCCAGCGAGGGGACAGGGGCGAGGGGCACGCCAGGAGACCCGGCCGGUCCAGCAGCUUCGGCGGCCACCGCGGAGGCGGAGUCGGCGGCGCAGGCAAGGGCGGCGGGGGCCCCUCCGGCCAGCCUCCCCUCUCAUCCAACCGCAGCUUCAGGAAGCCUGGCAAUGGCCAUGGCGGGCACCAGAGGGUGGUGAGCCAGCCUGACACCACCGGCUUCCAGCCCGCUCCCGCGCCCAGACCCCUCCAGACGCCGGCACGCCCGCCACCCUCACCACAGAAUGCUGCAGCGCACAUUCCCCUCCCAGUGCCACGGCCGCAGCACCACGAUCCUCAAGUACUAUCGGUAUCACCUGCUACCGAGAAUCCUGCAAAUACGCAGUUGCCAAAAAAUACUCCUCAUGCUGCCCCAAGGGUACCACCCAAGAGCUCCAAUCCACCGGUUCCUCAGGGACCAUUGAAAGGGGAACCACCCAAGGGAUUUAACUUUCAGUUUGGUAGUAUAAACAUGAACGGGAUUCCGCAAUUUCCUGCUAGGACAAGCUCCGCUCCGCCAAACUUAGACGAGCAAAAACGUAAUCAGGCACUUCUGGGGGAACUUAAAGGUACACCUUCUACGCCAGUACAACCAGCUCUGAAACAGCAGCAAUUGCAGCAGCAGCUGUCGCAGCCGCAGCCGCUGCUUCAGCAGAAGCAACAGCAGCAGCCACAGCAGCCGCAGCAGCAACAGACAAGAAAGGAUGCUGUUGGUUCUAGCCAUCCUAACUCCGUCAACCCUCAUAUUUCAUCACAAGUGAAAAGAGAUGUGCACGUUUCUCCAUCUGUCCCUAAUGUUGCACCCCUAAGGCCCACUGUUCAGUCAAUUUCUGGCAUGACCAUGUCGAUUCCCUUUCAGUUUGGUGGUCAUGGUCCACAGAUGCAACCACAAGUUCCCUUGCAGUUUGGUGGUCAUGGUCCACAGAUGCAACCACAAGUUGUCCCUAGCUCAUUGCAAAUGUCAAUGGGAUUGACUGGCGGUAAUGCACCGCAGGUUCCACAGCAGCUAUAUGUCCCGACUAUCCAUCAAUUGCAACAGCAAGCAAUGAUGCAAGGGCAGGGUAUCGGUUAUGUUUCUUCAGCUGGUCAUCAAUUUCCACCUCAGUUGGGCAACAUUCCUAUGAGCAUCGCACCACAAUAUACUCAAACUCGGAAGACUACUGUCAAAAUUACUCAUCCAGACACUCAUGAAGAGUUGAAGCUUGAUAAGAGGAUGGACUCUUCUGGCCAGAGGGCUUCACCUAAUUUGACACCACAAUCCCAGCCAGUCAGUAGUUACAAUCCUCUUAUGGGCUUUUAUCAUCAGUCAUCAAUCUAUUACCCUCCUACUACUGGCGUCAGCCAGGUUGCUACUGCAUCCUCUGGUCCUAGGUUUAAUUAUCCUGUCACUCAGUCUGGGCAAGCAAUGACGUACAUCAGCCCAUCUGCAGGGCCUGUGGCACCUGGCCAGUCCCAAAUCACUGUUAAACCAUACCUUGGUGGUUUGCAAACAGAAAAAUCUGGGACUCAUACGGUCACAAUUAGUGCGCCACCAGGCAAAUCAGAUGCACUGAAGUUAAGGCCAGCUGAGGAUGCUGCACCAAAUCAGCAGAAGGAUGAAGAAGUUGUUUCUGGGAUCACUGUUUCUAAUAAAUCAGCCCAUGAGAAGGAGAGUAAAGCUCCGUCAGAGAAGCAUCCCACUGUGGUGAGCCAAUCCUUACCAGUUCAAGGUGUAAAACCAGAAACUUCAGUGACAGUGUCUCCUGUUGCGAAUUCAGUCUCACCUAUGUCCGGAACUGAAGGGAAGAACAAAGAAACCAUUCAAAGGACUGAAUCAUUUAAGGAUAAUAGGAAGAAUGCCACUAAAAAGGACGCCAGGAAUUUGUCUCAACAACCACAGCCAGCUUCAUCUGCUGAAGAUUUUAAGGUGCAAACUUCUGUAAAGGUUGGGGGUGAUGGUGGUGAUCACCUGGAAGCUAAGAACACCAGCUCAUCUUCUGCCUCAAUGGUUGCACUGUCUGAAAGUAGGAUUUCUCCAGUGGCUGGUACAGCUGAAGUUGACAGCACACCUGUAAAUGCUGUUGAUGUUCCUGGGACAGAUAAGAGCUCUGCAAAACCAGCCUCUGAGGGUACCGGUGAGCCUCAAGGAGUAGAAAGCUUUGCUGUUUCUGCUAUUGAAUGUGAGGAAAGCAAGCGAACUCACAAAGUUCCCACAGAUCCUUGCAAGGAUGAUAUUUCUUCCGAUGUUACUGAACGUGAAUCACCUGAAGUAUCUGCAGUGGACAUGAGUGUGCAGGCAUCAGCAGUGACUCCUAACACUGAUAAUUCAGAUGCAACACCUCAUGUAACCGAUCAGGAACAGUCACUGAAAGAGUCAACACUAUCUGGAUCUGAGGAACAAGAUAUAAUGAAUGGUCCAUCCAAGAAUUCUGAAACUUUGUCAGAUUUUCUUGAUGGCAAUGCUGUGGCUGUGACAACUUCUGAAACUUCGGAAUCUGAUGUUCAAAGUGCCAAUGAUAAAGGUGACUCAGAUAUUAGUCAGGAAACAGUUUUAGCUGUUUCUAGUGUUACUCUAGUUGCAUCAGAGGCGCCACAAAAAUCUGAAAGUAUGGUAGAUGAUCAACCAAGUGGUGCACCAACAGUUUCUAGUCGACCAGUAUCAAGGGAAAAACCUGGUGUGGAGAUUACCAGGACAAAGUCUACAGCUGGGAAGAAGAAGAAGAGAAAGGAAAUGCUUUCUAAAGCUGAUGCCGCUGGGACUUCAGAUCUUUAUAACGCAUACAAGGGACCAGAGGAAAAGUUAGAAACUAUCGGCACUGCAGAGGAUGCUGAUAGUUCUUCAACAGUUGAUGCAACUGUGCUGCCCGAUGAAUCAGAAGGGGAGGUCAAUACAUCUGCAUAUGAUGGUAAGAAAAAAGUUGAGCCUGAUGACUGGGAAGAUGCAGCAGACAUGUCUACUCCAAAGCUGCAAAGUUCAGAUUCUGGAGAUCAGGCUGGCGUCACACAAGUAUUAGAUUCAGAUACAACUGAAGCUAAUGGCAGGAAGAAAUACUCACGGGAUUUUCUGCUAACUUUAUCACAGCACUGUACUGGUCUUCCUUUCGGAUUUCAGCUAAAUGAUGUUGCCACUGCCAAUGCUCUUAUGAAUAAUUUGGCAGGAAAGUCCUAUAUUGUUGAUCGUGAGCCUCACCCUAGUCCUGGAAGGGGGAUCGACAGGCCAGGUUCUCGUGGAGAUCGCCGUGGUGCUGCCAUGGCUGACGAUAGGUGGACAAAAUCAGGUGUUCCUCUCAGUCCUGGUCUUGAUACCCACAUGGACUUGACAAAUGGUCCAUCAAUUAUCAAUUACCGUGGUGCCCCCGGAGUUAAUCAUGGUGUUUUGAGGAAUCCACGUGGUCAACCAUCAAGUCACCAUGGUGGUGGACUUCUUGUAGGACCGAUGCAAUCCAUUGGACCUCAAAUACCUCGCAGCGGCUCUGAUGCAGAUAGAUGGCAGCAAAAAGGUCUGAUGCCUUCUCCUGUCACACCCAUGCAAACAAUGCACAAAGCAGAGAGAAAGUAUGUUAUUGGCAAAGUUUCAGACGAGGAAGAGGCGAAACAGAGGCAGCUGAAAGGCAUUCUUAAUAAGUUGACUCCUCAAAACUUUGAAAAACUUUUUGAACAAGUUAAAGAAGUCAACAUUGACAAUGUGGCAACUCUUACAGGGGUCAUUUCACAGAUAUUUGACAAAGCUUUGAUGGAACCAACUUUCUGUGAAAUGUAUGCUAAUUUUUGUGUCCAUUUGGCUAGUGCCUUGCCAGACUUUAGUGAGGACAACGAAAAAAUCACAUUCAAGAGAUUGCUUUUGAACAAAUGCCAAGAGGAGUUUGAGAGGGGUGAAAGAGAAGAAGCUGAAGCUGAUAAAACAGAAGAGGAUGGUGAGAUUAAGCAAACCAAAGAAGAAAGGGAGGAAAAGAGAAUCCGUGCUCGAAGGCGCAUGCUUGGGAACAUUAGGUUAAUCGGAGAAUUGUACAAAAAGAGGAUGUUGACGGAACGGAUCAUGCACGAGUGCAUUAAAAAACUGUUAGGAAAUUACCAAGAUCCCGAUGAAGAAAACAUUGAAGCACUAUGCAAAUUGAUGGGUACAAUUGGAGAGAUGAUAGAUCAUGCAAAGGCGAAGGAACACAUGGAUGCCUAUUUUGAUAUCUUGCAGAAGAUGUCAAUAAGUCAGAAGUUGUCUUCUCGUGUUAGGUUUAUGUUGAGAGAUUCAAUUGACCUGAGGAAAAAUAAAUGGCAACAGAGACGUAAAGUUGAAGGCCCCAAGAAGAUUGAGGAGGUUCACAGGGAUGCAGCUCAGGAAAGACAUGCUCAAACAAGUAGGCUAGGACGUGGUUCAGUUAGUUCCGCUCCAAGAAGAGGACCACCACCUAUGGAUUAUGGCACACGUGGCUCGGCAUUAGCAUCCCAAAGUUCGCAGCAAGGGAGCACUCGAGGAAUGCCUCCACAUUCACGUGGAUUCGGUUCACAGGACAUCCGGUUUGAUGAAAGGCGUCAGUUUGACAAUAGAACUGUUCCUCUUCCCCAGCGUCCCGUCAAGGAUGAACCUAUCACUCUUGGGCCACAAGGUGGCCUUGCUAGGGGUAUGUCCAUAAGAGGGCAGUCGCUAGCAUCGAAUGCUGAACUUCCUUCUGUUGUUGACCAUCGCAGGAUGGUGUCUGGCUCUAAUGGGUAUAACUCUGUGGCUGAUCGGACAUCAUCAACUGGAAGAGAGGAUCCUAGUUCAAGAAUUCCAGAUCGAACCUCUGGUAGAACAGCAGCUUCUACUCAAUCUGCUGGACUUUCACACAGACCUGCUAGCCAGGAAGGCCGUUCAGGAAUUAAAUCAUACUCUGAGGAUGAUUUGAGAGAAAAAUCUGUGGCUGCCAUUCGGGAAUAUUAUAGUGCAAAAGAUGAAAAGGAGGUUGCAUUAUGUAUUGAGGAGUUGAAUGCUCCAAGUUUCUAUCCUUCUGUUGUGUCACUUUGGGUAAAUGAUUCCUUUGAGAGAAAAGACAUGGAAAGAGAGUUGUUGGCUAAACUUUUUGUCAGCCUUUGCAAUGGUCGACAUGAUUUGUUGAGCAAGCGACAACUCAUUGAUGGCCUUGCAUUUGUUCUUGCUUCAUUGGAAGAUACUCUAAGUGAUGCUCCUAGAGCCACUGAGUACCUUGGACGACUUCUUGCGAGGUUUGUGCAGGAAAACAUAUUGCCCUUGCAAGAGGUAGGUAGAUUGAUUCAAGAAGGUGGAGAAGAACCAGGGUACCUUGUACGUGAUGGUAUUGCAGCUGAUAUCCUUGGGGCAGUUCUAGAGGCCAUCAAGUUAGGAAAAGGGGAUUCAUUCUUGAAUGAGGCUAAGUCAAGUUCCAAUCUAAAGUUGGAGGAUUUCAGACCACAGCAUCUUAAGCGAUCAAAAUUGGAUGCCUUCAUGUAGGCACAAGGAUGCUUGUUACUAGAUUGCCAACUCAUGGGUGCUGUGACCAAGGAUUUUACUUUAUUUGCACCCCAAGUACCCAACCAGCCUUUUUGACGAUAAACUGGAAAGAUCCCUCAGAUUCCGCCUGUACUUGCUGCAUGACUGUUUUAUUUGAGGAGCUCGAAGGCGAUGGGCACCCAUUUUGUUCAGAGUUGGUACUGGUUGUAAGUUAUUAUUGCCGAAUGGCCGUGUUAGCUGUGGCUGAAGCAGGUAGCUAGCCCCCAUAAGAGUGUCAAGGAAUAUUUUUGUGGUCACCGUGAGAAGUCUGCUAACCAAUAUUAGGGGGAGAACAUUAGGUUGAACUCGACGCCUCCUGCGGGCUUCUGACCCAAUAUUUGUUUGUGAUCAGACUUCAUAGUCGGUUAACGUAGCGGCAUUUUCCUGAUA